GCAUGCGUGUUCAUCACGUUGACAGCCGCGGACGUGUUUGUAGGUUAUUAAGAUUCUUUUUUCUGUCACAUAAUGCAUGCGUAGGCUACAGACACAGAAAAUAAAACCAAUCUUCGCUGAAAGUGCGUAAUUCUGAGGACCAAAGAUCAUCAUUUGGUGCCAUGGCAACGGCUCUAAACGUCAUGCAGAAGUGGAAAGACUUGGAUUUGUACGCCGAGCAGGCGGAUAGGCUGGCUACGGCACUCGACAGUAGCAACAUCGGGGAGGAGAAAAAAGCCAUAUACCAUGCAAUAACACCAUGCCCGAAUCUGGAAAUGUAUACAACUGCGGCUGAACGGGAUGACUUAGUGGUAGCUUAAUUAUGUGACGGCCAAGAGGAUUCGCUUUUAAAAUAAGACGUAACCUGUACGCAAAGUGUUUAGGCCAUAGUAUUGCAAAAGGGAUGAAUCCUCAUCUAUUUCGUGGAUGCUCCCUAACUGUUUCCGAUGGAUUUCCCAAGGAACGCUGCCUUGCUCGGCACCAGCAACACCACCGUUGCGGACAACAAUUCUGGGACAAAUUUCAUGCUGGAAGUGGUGACCCUGAGUACGGUUCUGAACAGCUUUGGUACGCCGAACAGCGUCGCGAACUUUACGAGUUCAGGCGAACAUAUCCAGCCCGUGAAGAGCACCGAAGGGAAUUCGGUCCUCCAUGGUAUAGCUGUGGCCGUGCAAGCACUGUUGCUCCUUGCCAUUUUCCUUUUCUCCAGUUUAGGUAACUCGGCAGUGGUCAUAGUCAUAAUCAAACACAGACAACUGAGGACCGUAACGAAUGCGUUCAUCAUGUCCCUCUCCCUAUCUGAUUUCCUGACGGCCAUACUUUGUUUACCUUUUUCCUUUAUGAUGCUUUUUAGUAAAGACGGGAUGUGGCUGUUCGGGGACCGUUUCUGCAUUGCAAAUGGUUUUUUCAACACUUGCUUCGGCAUUAUUUCUACCCUGACAAUGACACUCAUCUCCUUUGACAGAUACUAUGCCAUUGUGCGACAGCCACAAGAGAAGAUUGGCAGGCGGAAGGCCAUUCAGCUGUUGGUGGCAGUGUGGGUAUCGGCGGUGUUUUUCUCCCUCCCCUGGUACCUGGUGUUGCGAACAUCAGGGCAGCUGGUGGUUCACAAGAGGGGCUUCUACCAUUGCAUGUAUGUUUUUCACUCUGGCACGUCUCGGAUGGGAACUGCGUACAGCAUAUCUCUCAUUGUGGUGUGCUACCUCCUCCCCUUCGCCCUUAUGUGUUUCUGUCACUACAACAUCUGUAAGACGGUCCGCCUGUCGGAAAUCAGGGUGCGGCCAGUGACCACGUAUGCACACCUGCUCCGUUUUUAUAGCGAGAUGCGCACGGCCACCACCGUGCUCAUCAUGAUAGUGUUCAUCAUCUUUUGCUGGGGUCCAUACUGUCUCAUGGGAAUCACCACCGCCUUGGGUGACUAUUCUUUCAACCCGGCAAUGGACACGGUCGCCAUCUGGAUGGCCUGGGCGAACGGUGCCAUAAACCCGUUGAUAUAUGUCAUACGGAACCCAAACAUAUCCUUGCUGUUCGGUCGAAGUCGAGGAGAGGGCUACAGGACUAGAAACAUAGCUGCGUACCUGUCAACACAAACACAGAGCCGUGAGGUCAGAACGAGAGCAGACCGGAUCAGAGACCGGUACGUGAGUAGGCACGGAACCAACAGCAGGCUCUCCUCCUCAAGCCCGGCGAACGGGGGGGAGAUUGCCAUGUGGGCUUGCAAAAACCCGGCCGUGUUCUUCUGUCGAGACGGCCAACCUGACACUGUGUCCGAACCUGCUGUGCCCAAAGUGGAGACCGCUGACACGAGUCUGUAGCCUAAUGAAACAACAAUAAUGGAUUUCUUUGACAUUUUUCCUGUUUUUGUUAAACGUUUACCAAAAAUAUGGCCCCCAUGAAUUCACCAUAUUUAGCCAAUCCCAGAAGCUUUACUGAAGUGACUUUAAGAGGAUCAAGUGCCAAACAAAGAACAAAUCAACAGUUUAGAAUGUAAUUCAUUGGGAAUUGUUAAUGUAAUUCUAAUAUAUAUUUUUGUGAAGUGCCAAUAUGUGGUUACACAUUGGCUUUUCCCACUGUGAACUAAUGUCAAUUUUCGGCGCAGCAGUGUUUUAUACCCAGAUAUAACAUGUGAAGCCUUGAAAAAUGGACGAGGAGACAUGGUACAAGUUUUCAAAUAUGCCUUAUAGGAACGUGUUUCCAGUUUGUGUCAUAAUUGCUCCUGGUUCCUGAUGAAGUGAAAGUCAAGCUGGUAUUUAGCUAUCAAAUUACAGUCCACCUUAAUUCAUAUUAUUUAAACUGUCUGUGAAGCUAAGUAUCAAAUACACAUACUGUUAUAUAUGGGAGAUCCUAUAACAACAAGACAGAUCAUCCCCAUAGCACAUCAGUAGUUUGUUCAUAAUGCUAAUGAUAUAUGUUACAGUUUAUGUCAUUCUAGCCUAUGUUGUGUGUUGUUUAACGUCUGAUAUGGAAUUGCACAAGAGAUGUUCUCCACUCUGUCCCAAAUAGCUAGGUGGGGAGUGGGGACAGAGACAAUAUUCUGUUAAAGCUGCACCUCUGUUACAGAGGAAAUCGUCUUUUGUAUCAACUGACACUUUGCCCAGCUCAUUUCUAUUGUACGAUAUUGACAGAUUUAAUCUGAAUGAUCUCUACUGUCACAUGAGGUCUAGUUUAUUGUCACAGAGACUUUUAACUCCCGCCUGAGUUCCCCCAUCCUAAAUGAUGUGAGUUGGCGUCACAGGUGCGAUUAUGAAAUGAGCAUCCCCUUACAGGUGAUCUAUCAAAGGCCCUUCGUUUUAUCAGUCAGUGUUCACCACCUCAUGGUCAUUACUCUGGUAAUGGUCUUUAGCACCGUAUUAUCCGAGAAACAUGACAGAGUAAUUAUGACCCUCACAGAUUUGUAGGGAAUAUCUCAGAGGAUGUUCCACAUGAAUGUGCUGUUCAGUUAAUUACAAAGAACAUGAAUGAUGUAGCGUUCAACAGCCAAAUUCUGCGGUUCUGCUUGAAACGAAUACCAUAGCAUGCCCAUCUUACAGGACUGGUGACCUUCUUGGAACUGGACUUUGUAGGCAGUAUUGUGAUUCAUCAUUUAUCAAAAUCAGAGGACCGCCUCAAAAUCUGACUGUGGAUUUUUGAUGAUAUGUAUUCACAAUGCAUGUCAUAAUUGAAAAACCACAACCUUUCGUCAUGCGAGCCAGCGGAUCUUUUACCAAUGAAUUUGUGCAACUAUGUAAAUACUCCUUCACUGACCAUUUUGAGGAAAAGAAUGGCCAAUGCCAAGCUAAGAACUGCUUGUUCUUGGAUGUAACACAGGGGACAAAUUAUGCAAAUGCAAGCGUUCAUAUUAAUGGGGAAAUUAUUAGCAUUUCAAAUAUCACAAAACUGGACGCAGUAGUAGCAAUAACAUAGACUGUAACACAGUAUGAUUCAAGCCACUUGUUGGAGAUCUGUGCAGAGUAUCAGAGAGGUGGGAAGAGGGAACUGAUGCAAGAAUGCAAACACAUCUGUUUCAUUAACAUCAUUUGUAAGCAUUUUCUUCAAGGAAAACUCAGUGUUUCCCCAUGCAGAAGCACAUCAUUUUCUACACAUUUUAUUUGGUUUAACUGUUCUCUAAAAUUAGUCUUUUAAAUAUUUAUCACAUGUAUGUCGAGUACUUGAUUAUAUAAAAUACCAUUUUACUGCUUGCUGUCUGAUUAAUUGAUUGAUUGACUUUGUCUGAUAAUUGUGAAAACCAUAUGAUUUAUGUUGAUAAGGUUAUACAACCAAAUUGAACAAUAAAACUCAAUAAAUGCAA